AUGUCACUGAGACCACCACGCGAGGUGGUCCCAAUUAUUCGCACUACUCGCUGGUCUCUUCUGGCCCUGGGUAUUAUUUACGGACACUACCGGCUAAGAUAUCUGCAGAAGCGCGAAAUGACCAUCCAGGAGAGGCUUAAUGAGGUGCGCAAGCAACGUAUUUGCGACAUAAACCGACUCCUGCAACUUAGAAACCACAAUCAGAUGAACCUACUAGCCAAAGAUUGCGGCGUUCGGAUUAUUGAGCCCGAAAGUGUCGAAGAGGUCUCAGGAACAAGUGGAAUGUAA